GAGGAGCUGGGUGAUGCAGAUAACAUGAAGGACGGGUGCUCGGCUCCUGGAGGAUCGCAGCAGGUGCGUUAAGGUUUAUUCUGCGCCGCGCGGAGACAGGACAGGCUGCGCUAAACCAUCAUGUCCACCGCAUCCCAUCAGUUCUCCGCCGACACGGAUGCCCUGAUACUAAAUCAACAUGACAUGAGAGCCUUAAAGUUCCUUCAAGAUGACCAGAACGCAUCCCCCUGAUAUACUGGCAUCAAAUCUGUACCGGAACUUCACACUGAGCGACACUACUGGUCACUCCGUUUCUCUUCAUUCCUCAAAGCAAUGUGACUUGAAAAUGCUUGAUAAAUCAGAGAUAAUUAACAAGAGACACUGUCGCAGUUUUGACUUCAUUGAGUCACUUGAUGAUCCACAGUCAUUCUCCUCCUCGAUGGAGCAACACUACAACAGACCUGAACAGCAGACAUUGAAUAAAGAUCUCUGGAAUGCACUGGAUCAGCCGGGCCAUCUUCGAUUUUCAUCUCCAGAUCUUUUCAAUACCAAGCAGUUCCAGCAGCAAACUACUGAAGACAAAACCAGCUAUCUUACAUGGUCAGACUCCAAAAGGAGAUCAAGAUCUAAAAGUGCCCCGAGAUUAAAGACUACCCUCACCCCUGUCCCAAUCUCUGUGUCUCCACCACAGGCCAGGGGUGGAAGGGAUGAAUCUCAGGCUGUUUCAGAUUCCAUGAGGACAGCUGAAACCCACCGAGAACCCACCAGCAGGCCUUUCUUGAACGAGGUGCAUCCUAUUAAACUGCAACCCCACACCCCCCUCUACGUCUCAGACUGUUUUGAACAUGAUAAAGCAGAAAAACCAGCCGUGAGCCCUCAUGUCAGGUGCCGUGUAGACAUCAAACCAGAUGCUGCUGUACUAGAGCACACAUCGAGACAGAUUCCCAAUACACAUGGUGAACAUCUUUGGCAAAGGUAUUCCCAGGCUAGUAGCAGGUCUGGACUCUAUGUCCCACGGCACAUUGCCUCAUCUCCAACACCAACUCCAAGCGAAUGCUACAGUGGAGAUUUUAGACAAGGAUAUCUCUAUACCACCAGCAUAUCUCCUAUUUCCUACCAGCAUUUAGACACACACAGGAUGCCAUCACCAACAACACCAUACCUGAGCCAAGAACACAGAGCGUAUUCAAAUCCUAACAUACCGACAAAGUUUUUCUAUACUGAGGAUGCUGCUCGGCAUCCCAUCCACCCCUAUGCUAGGACGUAUUUUCACGAUGAUCGAUCCAGUCUAACCAGUUUUGGUAGUACGGCGACAAGUCAAUAUGACCCAAGGACGCGAUGGGUGCACACACUUCCUGUGAGGUCAUACUACACAGACCACCUUACCAACCGAGAGGCAGCUCACUCUGUACAUAACAGGCCUUACUCCACAAGUGAGAGAGGUUCUUAUUUUUCUCAAACUCCACUUUCUCGAGCUUAUUAUGGAGAAGAUGGACGGUUUACUCCAUACCACAUGAAUGGCUCAAGGCUUUUUUAUUCUAAACCGUUUUCCUCUCCUGAAGAGCAGUACCUUUCACACAGGCUAUAUAACACAGAGAGUUAUCGACGGCCUCGAUUGUCUCAGGCCUUUUCAGAUGAUUGGUAUCGCUCUAGUAUUUCUGGUUUCUCAAGCCACUCCUCACAGAACACACCACCAAGGGUAAGACAAGACCUUAACAUUCCCCCGUGGUUUACUAACAGCUACACAGAAGCAAGUCGACUCGGAGCAGACAUCAAAAACCACUCCAAGUCUUGGGACAAUAUCAUAUAUCCACGACAUGAACGAGAGCAAGCUGUACCACGUGGACGAAGCUAUGAGAACCUGUUUCACCAAGCAAGACAAGGGACAUCCUCUGAUAUUACAGCUAAACCGGUCAUACUUAACCUUUCAAGUUCACCAAGGCGCUAUGCUGCUCUCUCUCUGUCGGAGAACUCUUUGGAGAGGAACUCAAACAAAUCAUGGAGAAAUUCUAAGAGUGGACACUGGUUUGUUACUCCAGAGAUCACUAUAACAGACAAUGACCUAUGUUCAGGCAAUGCCAGGCGUCAUGAUGUCCAUUCUGUUCGUUGGGAUACUUCGGAUGGUGAGAAGGCAUCAACCCAGAGGCUAGUAAAUCAAAAGAAGUCACCCAACACUACAGAGAUAACCAAAGAAAAGAAACAUAACAACUUCUCCCUUCAGCAGAGUCUGGAACAACUGGAUGAACUCUUAGCUGAUUUGGUUGUUGACUACAAACCCCCAAUGAGCAAAAAAUCAAGUGAAAACCUUAUAGACCAGUUAAAACAACUGAUCACUGAGGACAAUGACAAAAACAUAGAAUCCCCUGCAUUGGAAAACUUAGAAAGCCUCAGCACUCACCUUCCAUCCUCUAAAUCUAGCCCAGAUACAUUGAAAGACCCAGACAGUGGGUGUGAUGCUUUUCAAAGAAGUGCAGAAGAAUGUUCUCCAGACCACAGCACAGAUGAAGAUGAAACAAUGGUGUGCGCUAAUAAGAAGUGCAACAGAAUUGAGAACAUGUUCAAUGCUUGCUUGUACUUCAAAUCCUGCCACAGCUGUUACACCUUUUACUGCUCAAGAAAUUGCCGCAGGGAUGACUGGGAGAUCCACAAAGAAACAUGCCUCUAUGGUCGGGUCAGCAGUGUGUGUCGGCAUACUCUUAAGUUCUGCAGAGAGAAUUCAGAGAUCCAUAAGGCCUUUUCUCGCAUUGCUAAAGCUGGCUACCUCUCCAGAGGAAGAGGUGUUCUCUUUUUGGGUUUUGCAAAUCCAGAGACUGCUGAGAACUUCCUGCAAGUUGGGCUGGAAAGCCUCCUCAUGUCUCCUACAUACUUGUCCCUUAGAGAGCUGGAUGGCUUUAAGGAUAACCUAGGUGAAUAUUGCAAGGAACUGCAGCAGGCAGGCAAUGAGUAUGACCCUGAUGAAUGUUUCCUUCUGAAUGUAUCAGUAGCUGUCGGUGAACUAGUGCCUAACAGACCUUCACCGAGGGUCCAAACACCGACAGUUCGAAAAUAUGCAAAGGUGUCUUUGGCCUCCUCCAGUCCAGACAAAAAAGUGCUCAAGAUGGAUAAUGAAAUGGAAACUCUUAUUCUCACGCCCCCUCCAGGAACACCCGACAUCGACAAAGAAGGGGAGGAGGGACGGAAAGCGAGGGAGGUGUGCUUCGUCAACAUCCAGCGUGAACUCAGGACCAGGGGAGUCUUCCUCCGUCACGAGUAUCCCAAAAUCUAUAAUCAGCUGUGUGAGUUUGUAGAGAGUAACAAAAGGUUUACUCCCACAACAAUUUACCCGAUAGAUAAACGAACAGGGAAGCAGUUCAUGUGCAUGAUCAUGGCGGCAUCUGAGCCAAGAACACUGGACUGGCUGGGGACUCCUCAUCUUUUAGACGAUAUUAUAUAGCAUAGCACUAAAUACAGCAAAUAAAUGAUGUCAGCAGCUCUUAAUGUAGAUACUGUGAAUACAUGUGGUGGUUUAGAAAAUUGGAUAUUUGUAUAUGUGUAAAUAUGCAGCUUAAUUUGCUCAUUGUCUCCCCUUCUCUGAUGUUUGUCCUUCCCGAACUCAAAGACAAAGCAAAUGCACUUUUAAAAGUUUACCUGUGUUGGCUUGUUUUGAUUAUCGUACACUAAGAGGAACUGAUAGCCUGCAUGUAGACUAGGCUUAAACCAACUUAUUCAGGUGUUUUUGAAGCUUAAAAAGACAAUAUAUCAAGCACAUAUUAUUCAGGGAGUGCACAUUCACUCGAGUAACAUUUAAGACAACCGAUACCAUAUUGCAAUGGUAACUUUAUUUUCACUACAAAAUGUUAUAUUAGAACUUUAAAUACUAUGUUGCAGAGGUUGUGAUACAACAAAUUUUUGUGUUCAAAUAUUUCCUUACUAUGGUUGCGUGGAUAUCAUUUAACAGAUUAUUUAAUAAUGUUACAUAGUCAAAAAAGUACAAUCCAGCCAUCUAAUUUUCUGCCCAUCCAACUAAGCAUUUUAUUUGGAGCUUGUCUCAUGUAAUACUAAUGCUUGAUGUCAUUCUUGUACAAAUUGCUUAGUAUGAAAGUGGCCUUUAGUUAAGUACAAAAGCAUCUGACACAGAGCAAUGUAUGGGGUAGGUAUUUCUAAAGUAUUAAGAGCUGUUUAACCAGAACUGUAAAUAGAUUACUAUUUUGCUCAAAGCAUGUCAUUUCUAUUUAAGUAUUUUAUGUUUUUGCUUAUAAGUGAAUUUAUUAUGUUGAUAGCAGUUGCUGCUUAGAAAUGUGAAAGGUAUAUUGCACAGUCUGCAAAGAAUUUUGCAUUAUUUUAACAUAUGGACCUAGAGACCUUAUUGUAACUAUUACCACCACAUUUUCUGAAUUCAAGCAUAUGCAAUAAAAGAGCAACCUUGUAAUGUAAAAUCCUAUUUUAAUAUAUAAAACCCUGAUUCCUUUAAAUUAAAAGUUGUUUGCACUACGAGAUAAGUCCUAAAAAAUGUUCCUAACAAUGCCCCAGCACUGAUCUUAGCCUGCUUUAUUGUCCUUGAUCCCUAAGCUAAGGUUGCUCUUUUACUUGAUUAUAUAUCUUUGUGCAAGAGCCCUCAAGUUUAUAUUUUGUGAUGUUUCUAAC